AUGGAGAUCGCUGUUGCCGCUGGUCCACCUGGUCUCAACGGACUCAAUGGACCUCCCGGCGAGCCCGGACCGGUGGGACCGCCUGGACCAAUGGGAAGCAUGGGACCGAUUGGUCCUGAUGGAGAACCUGGUGAGGAUGGUCCAGAUGGACGUCCAGGAAAAGACGCUGAGUAUUGUCCUUGCCCAGAUCGCGCCUCUGAUUCCGCAGUUCACAAUGGAUACAGAGACAUUCGCCUUCCUACACUUUUGAAGGCUGAAUUGAAGAGAGAUAGUUUUGCGAGAUGGAAGGCUUCUGAAAUAAAGGUGUCUUUCCUCAACAGGAAAAUCUAA